CCUCCAUCCACCCCCAUCGCGAAGGGGGUUGGGGACGCUCCGCCACCCCAGAGCCGGUGGAUUUAUAGACACCACCUCUCCCGACCCCCGCCUGGGAAUGGGAAGCGGAAACAGGUGGACAGUGUCAGUGUCCGGCAGGUGUUCAUUUCACACGGACCUGAAACCAACGUUCGUCUCGAGACCCCGCAUCUCCUCGGGCGGGUCUUCCUCCCUCUACCCCAGUCCUGAGAGUCCUUUAUGAGUGAGGGCGACUGCCGGCUUCCACGGCUUCCACGAUCUCGGCAGAGCAGCUAAAGGGGUUAACGCGAGGUAUCCGUCCCAGCUGCCUAUGCGUUCACAGAGGUCCCCAACUGACGUCCCUCCCCCAGGACCCUCGAACCCCACAGGGCUCCGUCGUGACAUGGCCGAAGCGCACCAGGCCGUGGGCUUCCGAGCCUCGCUGACCCCGGACGGCGCGGAGGCGCAGCUCAGCGCCCCGGUGCUGCAGGACAUCUACCUGUCCGGCCUGCGCUCCUGGAAAAGGACCCUGUCGCGCUUCUGGAAUGACGUUCUCACGGGCGUGUUUCCUGCCAGCCCCCUCAGCUGGCUCUUCCUCUUCAGUGCAAUCCAGCUUGCCUGGUCGGUCCAGCUGGACCCUUCCCUAGGACUGAUGGAGAAGAUAAAAGAGUUGCUGCCAGAUGGGGGUGGACAGUACCACAUGCUCCGAGGGGUCCUGGCCGGUGCACUCUUCGCCUCCUGUCUGUGGGGAGCUCUGAUCUUCACGCUCCACGUGGCCCUGCGGCUGCUUCUGUCCUACCACGGCUGGCUCCAGGAACCCCACGGGGCCAUGUCCUCGCCCACCAAGACCUGGCUGGCCCUGGUCCGCAUCUUCUCCGGCCGCCGCCCGAUGCUCUUCAGUUUCCAGCGCUCGCUGCCGCGCCAGCCCGUGCCCUCGGUGCAGGACACCGUGCGCAAGUACCUAGAGUCUGUCCGGCCCAUCCUCUCCGAGGAGGACUUUGACUGGACGUCGGUCCUGGCGGAAGAAUUCCUGCGGUUGCAAGCGUCGCUGCUGCAGUGGUACCUGCUGCUCAAGUCCUGGUGGGCGUCCAAUUACGUCAGCGACUGGUGGGAAGAGUUCGUGUACCUGCGCUCCCGUAACUCGCUGAUGGUGAACAGCAACUAUUACAUGAUGGACUUCCUGUAUGUCACACCCACGCCACUGCAGGCUGCUCGGGCUGGAAACGCGGUCCACGCCCUCCUGCUGUUUCGCCACCGCCUGAACCGCCAGGAGAUCCCUCCAACUUUGCUGAUGGGAACGCGCCCUUUGUGCUCCGCCCAGUAUGAGAAGAUAUUCAACUCCACGCGGGUUCCCGGGGCCCAGAGAGACUACAUCCGCCACCUCCGGGACAGCCGGCACGUGGCUGUCUUCCACCGGGGCCGAUUCUUCCGCGUGGGGACCCACUCCCGAAAUGGCCUGCUUCCCCCGAGGGCCCUGGAGCAACAGUUUCAGCGAAUCCUGGACGACCCCUCGCCCGCCUGCCCGCAGGAGGAGCAUCUGGCUGCUCUGACCGCUGCUCCCAGGGACACGUGGGCCCAGGUGCGGAGGUCCAUGAAAUCCCAGGCAGCCGAGGCCCUGGAAGCUGUGGUCUGGUUCGAUAAGUCCUUCACCCUGAUCGUCUUCUCCAACGGGAAGCUGGGCCUCAGCGUGGAGCACGCCUGGGCGGACUGCCCCAUUGCAGGGCACAUGUGGGAGUUCACUCUGGCCACGGAAUGCUUUCAGCUGGGCUACUCGACCGAUGGCCACUGCAAGGGACGCCCCGAGCCCACGCUGCCCCAGCCCCAGCGGCUGCAGUGGGACCUGCCGGACCAGAUCCAUCCAUCCAUCACUCUAGCCCUAAGAGGAGCCAAGAUCUUGUCUGAAAACAUCGACUGCCACGUCUUCCCCUUCUCCCACUUCGGCAAGAGCUUCAUCAGACGUUGCCACCUCUCUUCAGACAGCUUUGUCCAGACGGCCUUGCAGCUGGCCUACUUUCGGGACAGGGGUCAGUUCUGCCUGACUUACGAGUCGGCCAUGACUCGCUUGUUCCUGGAAGGCCGGACAGAGACGGUGCGGUCUUGCACGAGGGAGGCCUGCGACUUUGUGAGAGCCAUGGAGGACCAAGAGAAGACAGACCCACAGCGCCUGGUCCUGUUCCGGGUAGCGGUGGACAAGCACCAGGCUCUUCUGAAGGCAGCCAUGAGCGGGCAGGGGGUCGACCGCCACCUCUUCGCACUCUACGUAGUGUCCCGAUUCCUCCACCUGCAGACGCCCUUCCUGGACCAGGUGCACGCGGAGCAGUGGCAGCUGUCCACCAGCCAGAUUCCAGUUCAACAAAUGCACCUGUUUGAUGUCCACAAUUACCCAGACUAUGUUUCCUCCGGUGGCGGUUUCGGGCCCGCGGACGACCAUGGUUAUGGUGUCUCUUAUAUUUUCAUGGGGGAUGACACCAUCACCUUCCACAUCUCCAGCAAAAAAUCAAGCACAAAAACGGACUCCCACCGGCUGGGGCAGCACAUCGAGGACGCACUGCUAGACGUGGCCUCCCUGUUCCAGGCGGGGCUGCAUCUCAAGUGCCGGCCCCGAGGGUUAGGCGAGGAGGACUCGGGCCACGGGUGUGGCUUUCUCUCCAGCCCGACUGGAGGCAUCAAGACGUCCAGGACGCCCACCAACUUCUGACCCUCCCAGCAGGGAGCUGGCCUCCCUGGUAACACGGGUGGAGAUGUCACAGCCAGCCUGGCACAGGACGGGGGCUGCCUGUGGGGCAACCCCACAUCUGGGCCAAUAAAGAUGUGUGA